CACCCCCCCCCCCCCCCCAACCACUCCAAAUUCAAUAAUGUCUAUCAACAACAAUGAAACACCAGCGCCACAAGCACCACACAUUCUGAUCUUUCCAUACCCAGCUCAAGGCCACACACUCCCUCUCCUUGACUUCACACACCAGCUUGCCCUCCGCGGAUUAACUUUGACAAUUCUAACAACACCCAAAAACCUCCCAACCCUCUCCCAUCUCCUCCAAACCCACCCCCAAAUCAAAACCUUAACCCUCCCUUUCCCCUCCCACCCCUCCCUCCCUCCGGGUGUUGAAAAUGUCAAGGAACUCGGCAACGCCGGAAACUUGCCCAUCAUGGCCGCCCUUCCCAAUCUUCGUGACCCAAUUAUUCACUGGUUCCGCUCUAACACUAACCCUCCUGUCGCUAUUAUCUCCGAUUUCUUCCUCGGCUGGACACAGAAACUGGCACAAGAACUCAAUAUACCCAGAAUUGCGUUCUUCUCAUCCGGUGCGUUUCUGGUUUCUGUUCUUGAUUACUGUUGGAAUCACGUUGCGAAUGAUUCGGAUGUUGUUGAGUUUGUUGGUCUGCCGAGAACUCCGUCGUUUAAGGAGGAGCACUUGCCGUCUAUAUUCAGGCGGUACAGGGGAGGUGAUCCUGUUUGGGAGAAUAUCAAGGACGCCAUGGUAGCAAAUAUCAUGAGUUGGGGUUGCAUUUUCAAUACUUUCGAGGACUUGGAGAGUGAGUAUUUGGAGUAUUUGAAAAAACUGACGGGUCACGAUCGGGUUUAUGGUGUUGGACCGAUCAGCUUGUUGGGUCCAUCGAAACGUGAAUUGUCGUCGAAGGCGGAUUCGAAUAAGGAAUUACUGGGUUGGCUCGACGGGUGCCCGGAUGGAUCCGUGCUUUACGUUUGCUUCGGGAGUCAGAAGUUGUUAAGUAAGAAUCAGAUGCAGGCCUUGGCAACCGGGCUUGAACGGAGCGGGACCCGUUUUAUAUGGGUUGUGAAUACGGGUUCGGCCCAGUUGAUUGAGGAGGGGAUUGGGGUUGGAGUACCGGACGGGUUUGAAGAACGGGUGGCGGGUAGGGGUAUGGUGGUUAGAGGGUGGGCCCCACAGGUGUUGUUACUGAGUCAUAACUCGGUGGGUGGGUUUCUGAGUCAUUGUGGUUGGAACUCGGUGCUGGAGGGUCUAGUGGGAGGAGUGGUGAUAUUGGGUUGGCCAAUGGAGGCUGACCAAUACGUGAAUGCUAGGUUAUUGGUAGAGGACAUGGGUAUUGCUGUGAGAGUGUGUGAGGGUGCUGGCUCGGUGCCCGACCCUGACGAGUUGGCAAGUGCCAUUGCUGAAUCGUUGAGUGAAGAUGUGAAAGUGAAGGUGAGGGCAAAGGAGAUGAGAGACAAGGCAUUGACAGCUGUCAAGUUUGGUGGGAGCUCUUGGAGGGAUUUGGACAUGUUGGUUAAGGAACUAAGCCAACUUCAAAUGCGUGGAAAACACAGAGACAGAGAGACAAGACUAUGAAGGAAGCGUGUUCCACUUUUGCAAUAAUAGAGAGGAAAAGUUGUGUGAAACGAACAGAUUCGUAAGAAUAGUGCAAGACUACAACUGCAUGUCCUUGUUCUGCAUGGGACCAUAUAUUAUUUUACUAAUUAUAUAUACCGUCCGUCAGUCCGUUGACACUUUCAAAUGCAUGAACAUAAUUGUUGAUGUGACUAAACACCUUCCUCCCUGCAUGGUGGGUAGAAGUAUCAAUCGGGCAUGAGGUCCAUUGGCCGGGAAGCGGCCCACAUUGACCAAGAUUAACUUGUCGUGCUAUGUGAGACACAAUCUUUUCGCCGG